GAGCACACGCAGCUUGAGAGAGAGAAGGCGGCUCCACCUACCAGGGCCAACACACACCCAGACGCAAAAUCGCCCUCCUCGUCGCCUGCCGGCGAGAUGGCUUCGUCGGCGGCGGCCUACCUCGACGCCGACGAGAACCUCGAGGCCAUCAUCUCCCGCAUCGAGCAGAAGUCCCGCAAGAUCGAGACCCUCCUCAAGCAGUCGAAGCCGGUGGAGGCCCUCAAGACGGCGCUCGAGGGGACGCCCCUCAAGACCCGCGACGAGCGAUGCAAGUCGGCGAACUGGAUCGUGGUGCACCGCGCGAUGAUGGCGAUCAGGGACGUCGACGGCAUGUUCAACUCGCUGGAUCCCGAGUACUACGACAUCCUGAUGAAGUACCUGUACAGAGGUUUGUCAACAGGGGAUCGGCCAACAUGUGACCAGUGCCUCAAAAUUCAUGAAAAACUCACCGAGAAAGCAGGCUUAGGAUGUAUAUUGCGCUCACUUGCUGAUACCGUAAACACCGUGUGAGUUUCAUCUCUGUGGAGGGUGGGCAACACAAGGUUUUUUCUCCCAGCUGCCCCAUGAUAUGAAAAUAUCUCAUUAGGGCCAAUUAGUUGUAUGGAAAAUUGUUGUCUAGAUGAUGUUGAUUGUUAUCCUCUUCCCUUUCCAUUUGGCAGCUAGCUUCUGAUAGAGAGCUUCCUUGUACUCUAGUACUAGAGUUGCUGAACUGCUGUACUACUAGUAUAUAUAUAUUGUUGUUUCCAACACGUUAUGUGGCAUGAACUAUGAUAA